GGAGCAAGAGUGACUCUCCCCCUUAGUACUUAGUACAAUUUCCCAAAACCACCUUCAUAUAUCAAACUUACUCUCCGACCUUGAUUCUCAUACCAAAUUUCAAGUUUUUAGCUCUAUCCGUUCACAUAAUACCAAAUGGUACCAUUUUCGAAAUUUAGUACAAUUUUAGAACUUUUCGUAACCAUUCGAAGUUCGAAUUUCUAACUUCUAUGAUGCACUCCAUCAGGAUUCUAAUUCCAAAUUUCAGAAUUCUAACUCAUUCCGUUUGUCCAAUACAAUGUCUUAAAUUUUUGGUACAUUUACGUACCAUUUUAGUACGAAUUUCCAAAAACCAAGCCUUAUCCGACGCCUCGACUGGUAUUGCCACAAGAACUUUUUCAGGUAUUCUACAGACAGACAUCUUUCUAAAGUGUGCAAUUGGUAGAAGACCUUCUGUAGGUCUUCUGCAUACUAAUAGGCCUUCUCCAGAGUGUAUAUAGGUUCUACAGCUUACUGUAGACAUAUGGCUCUCCAAUGGUCUCUUUAGACCAAUCUGGUCUUCUAUGCACAGAAAGACCCUACAUAUACACCUAUAUAUAGCUUUAGCCUUUUGUAAAGUCAAUUUCCGAUGAAAGACCUGCCUCUGGAGUAUAAAUAAAAUUCGAAUACUACCAACCCACCAAUAAUAGAGUCAUUGCACGCACUCCUAGUGAUUCCAAGGUAACCUUCAAACAGCCACAAAAACAAGUCUUUAUUUUGUGUCGGAGAAAAGAAAGUUAAUCCAGUUGCAAACAGAAUGGAGCAAAAAUUACUGCAACAGACGCGUUUGCGCUUAGUAGCCAUCAGCAACUCCAAGUGUACCGAACGCCAUAGAAAUCAGGCGGAAAGCGAACAACGAACUACACUUCAAAAGGAUUAUUAGAAAUAGACAGAGGAAGAAACCAUAAAACCCAACAACUUAGCAGACACUUCCACCUCCAACCAACCGUUGGCUAAUUUAUCUCGAUCGUAAUGCGUGGGACGUGUGUGGAACUUAUUUGUGUGGUGGCUGCUAUUAUGGCAGCUAUACUUAUCGGGCCCUCAAACCAAUUCGAAGGGGAGAAACAACAGCCAAUUCCAGAACCCUCCACGAUCGCUGCUGCCAUAAACAGCAGUGGCGAAGAGGCAAAAGCAAACGGAAGUGAGAUCGACAACACCAACGCCUCUGGUGGCGGGAGUGAAAGUCGAAACUAUUUCAAAACAUCACCCCCAACAUCCGGCAGCAGUAUGACAGUGGCACAAUUUCGUAGCUCAAUACCGAUGCGUAUUUACGAAUGUUUACGUGAUUUUAGUACGUUACGUUGCACCAAGCUGUUCGUUUUGCAAAAACUGGAAGAACGUAAGAAUUGGAGCAAUACAGGUAAUCUGACCAAAGAUUUUCUCAAUCAAUUCUUUGGCGAGGAAGAUAAAAUGGCCAGUUUGAUUUCGGAAAAAUUUCGUAAACUCAGCGACAAGGAGUUGAACAAGAAGUUGGUGCUCAGUUUACAAAGAUUCUUUAAGAAUCGUGAUAUCAAAUUGCAAUUUCUGCCCGGGCUGAUGGUGAAAGUCAUACCCAGCAAGGAUAAUAAAUUGAAAUUGAGUUUUAAGAAGAAAAACAAACAAAAGUAUGACGCUCGUGCCCAGGACACCUCCAUCUUGGCUGGUUCACUCAACGAUCACAACAUGCUGGGCAGCAGUCUGGACAGCAGUCUGGAGGGCCAUGGUAAUCUCAGUUUGGAAGAUGAGGAAGGUGAUGGAAAAUCGAAACAUAAAAGUCCCAAAAAGAAAAUCAAAAAGGACAAGACUUCGUAUAAGACAACCAUACUGAAGAUGGCCGUGCCGGUUAUGAUGAUGCCAGCCAUCCUCAUGGGCACAUUCCUACCAUUUAUUCUCCCCGUUUUGAAAAUGGCCACUCUCACCACCAUGAUCAUGAAUAAUACCGCCUUUAUGGCUGCCUUGAUUUAUGCCGCCCGCACUCAUGUCAAUGCCCAGCAGGAACAACCAAUUAAUUACAGUUAUGGCAGUCAUCCCAUUGGUUAUCACUGAAUCUGGGCAGGCUGUAUUUUUUGUUGCAAAUUCAAAUCUUUGAAAAAUGAUUUAAUUGUAAAAAAAAAUAAAAAUUU